UUAUAGAGUUUAACCUUUUAAUUUUUAUAUCAUUUCGUUUUCUCGUCUUCUUCCCCCUUCAUUCUUAUUCUUCACCGUCUGUUAACGGAAUCGCUCUUAAUUCGAUGGGUGAACAUGUGGAUGAUGUUGAUGGUAGACUAGAAGAUUCAACUGUGGAUGAAUCGAAUGUGCAUGACUACGACACAAUUCAGGAACCUUAUGUGGGUAUGAUAUUUGAAUCAGAAGGGGCUGCCAAAACGUUUUAUGAUGAUUAUGCAAGACAAGUAGGAUUCUUGACUCGUGUUCUAUCUUCACAUAAGUCAGAGUGUGAUGGGUUACUCUUCUCUCGUGGACUUGGAUGUAGAGGUUACCGUGAUGGUCAGACCAAAGUUGAACUUCAGAAGCAAGAUAAGCAACAAGAAAGCUGCUCAGCAAUGAUUCAUUUAAGGAGGGACAAGAGCGGGAGAUGGGUGAUCAAGAAAUUCGCGAGGGACCAUAAUCAUCCUUUGGUGAUUCAGUUAGGAGAAAGCCGCAGAACACUUGAUGAGGAGAAGGAUAAGAAAAUCCAGGAACUAACUGCAGAAUUGCGGGUUAAGAAGCGAUUAAGUGCAUCAUAUCGCGAGCAGCUACUAGCAGUUGUGAAAGAAGUUGAAGAUCACAACUAUAACUUAUCAAUGAAAGUUCAAAGAACUUUGGACAAUUUGAAAAAACUUGAUGCUGAAGCCAAGGAGAUUUUAAGUGGUAGAUAGCUUCCUCUCUUUUUUUUUCCCUCUAUGCCUAAUUGUGUUUCUUUAUUUAGUUAUCUCUAGUUGUUUUAUCAGUUUGGUGGUAGAAAAGCUAGUGUAUCAGAGAAAAUACACAUGGAAAAUGGAAUUGAUGUAUCUUUAUUUUAUAUAAAGAAGGCCUAUAUUACUCGAA